ACUCAUCGCUGGUUAAUGAGAGCGUGUGUGGGGGUGUGUGCACCUGCAACUUCUGUAAAAUUAUCACUUCUCAAAAAGUGACUCUUAAUACAUACGCACUCACAUACAGAACUUCGUUCAGACCUCUUCACAUCAAAAAAUCUCUGAACAAACCGGCUACACACCAAAAAGAACCAUGACAACUGCCCAGACAGUUUGUUUAUUGUGCUUCGUUUUACUCCUGGGAUCGGCACAUGCUAACGAAGAUACUAACGAGACAUCCGGCCAAAAAGAAAAUAAACUUCCAACAACACCUUCAAGCUCAACUGAUAAAAAAAAUGAAACGCUUCAAGACACCACAGACGACACAGCUAAUAUAACCUCAAAAAUGGAAUCAACUGCAUCAGCUUCGAAAUGUGUCUGCACUUUAACCCCUAAUUGCACUUCAAGCCCUAAUAGCCCUACAACCCCUAAAAGCAUUCCAACCCCUACUAAGACUCCUACUAAAGAUGCUUUAGAACAUUACACUAUCGCCUUGCCAAAAGAAAAAACGUUGAUUCUGGUUCUGGUGGUGCUGGCGGUGGCCUGCAUUACAUUGCUUCUGAUCACACUCUUAUGUACCUGCCAUGUUUGCCACCUGAGAGCAGUAAUCUCCAGGUUACAGCCUUAUCACAGCGUCGACCUAUACUCUGUAAAAAAGAGGAGCGAAUCGCCAUGCAAGGAUGAUGGCAAAGAAAAAGAUCAACCAACAGAGACCUGCCUCAUGUUGGCAGAGGUCACCGUGCAAGAGGAGGAAAAGAAGGAGGAAAAGAAGGAGGAAAAGGAGGAGGAGAGCGUUCCAAUCUACACCGAGCCACCUGCGGAGAAACCGAAUGGUGACGUCACCCAGGAGGAGAAUGCUUACGAUAUUGUGAGCGACGAGCCUGCUGUAGGAACAACGGAGGUCUCUGAUACAGGGGUGUGAUUUGCUAACCCAUACUGUAUGUGUGGUGUCACACGGCUCCCCCUGGUGGCACUUAAAGUCUAUAGCAGCUUAAGCUUCAUUUGACUGUUACAGCUUGGUUUGUACAUCUUGAGCACCAGAAUCGAGAGAAGGGAUUUCAAUCCACAAGUGCGAUAGUAAGACUGCUAAGUUACUCAAGCCAACAAUAAACUAAUUUUAGCAUUGAAAGUAUUGAAAAUAGGCAACUCUUAACAUUGUGUUUUAUUACCUAAAGCUAUAUAGUAUGACCAGGUUUCUAACGGCAAAUUUGUGCAUUUAUUGUGUUGUCUGUAUCGCGGUUUCCCAGACAGGGUUUACUAAGCUUUAGUUAUAUUAGGACAUUUAAAUAGUUUUAACAAACAUAAAUUAUGAAAUCCAAUACUGGUGUGCAUUUUGUGAGACAAAACAAUGGCACUGAUUAUGUUAAGGUACAUCAGUGGAAGAUGUUUUUAAAUAAGGCAGCUCAAACAUGCAUUUUAGUCUGGGACUAUGAGAAACCCUGUUCUGGAAACCGACCCUGUGUGUUUUGUUUAUUCUUUAACAUUUUUAGAUUUUUGAAUAUUUUUGGAUAAAUAAAGUUUAUGUUGUCUUUA